CUUUUUGUUAUUUCCUCAAAGUAUUAUUAUUAUAUUAUUAUUAUUAUUAAAUGGAAUCGAAAGAAAAGGUCAUGUGUCUUAAGCGUGCUUUUAGGAUCUUUAACUUCAAAGGGUGGACCGAUCAUAUAAUCAUGCAGUUAGCUUGAAUGCCAUGCCGUGGAGUACUUGUUUUGAUUAUUUAUUUAUUCGCUUGCUUGCAUGUGUUGAGAUCUUUUCAGUAGGGAGGCUAUCACAUGCCUCGAUUUAAUUAAAAUGUUUAACUUGUCUGCCUUUUCGAUUACAGUUCCUUUGAUUUCAUCCAAUUUGAGCAUUUUAAGUUAGCUAACUAAUGGGUUGUUAGGAAAACAAAAAAUAAAGUGAGUUGGUAAUUUGCUCAAAAGAUAUAAGUACUCUUGGUGGUGUUUGCUUCAUCCACUUAAUUAUUGCUUCUUUAAGGUUCGAAUUCAUGGGAAAUAAGUGGGUAUUCUGAGGUACCUAUAGUCCAGUAGUUCAUAAUAUUUGCUAAACGAGCCUGGUUGCUUCUGCAUCAUGAUGAGCAACAUUAAGCUAGGGGUAGAAGUGGUUAGUGCCCACAAUCUUUUGCCCAAAGACGAGCACGGUUCAUGCAGUGCCUUUGUAGAGCUCGACUUCGAUGGCCAGAGGUUCCGCACGACCAUCAAAGAAAAGGAUCUCAAUCCUGUGUGGAAUGAGAGUUUCUACUUCAACGUCUCUGACCCUUCCAACCUCCACCAUCUCACUCUUGAUGCCCAUGUUUACUGUAACAUCAGAGCUACCAACUCCAGGUCCUUCCUUGGUAAGGUUUGCCUCACUGGGAAUUUAUUUGUACUGUACUCUGAUGCUGUUGUGUUACACUACCCUCUGGAAAAGCGUGGAAUUUUCUCACGUGUGAGAGGAGAGCUUGGCCUGAAAGUUUAUAUUACCGAUGAUGCAUCCAUCAAAUCCUCUACCCCGCUUCCUGCAGUCAAAUCUUUGCCAACUAAGGAUCCAGGCUUAACACUUACUGAGGCUCCAGGGGUCCACCCCGUGACAAAUUCUGUACCUCAUAAAAGAGUUGAGAGACACACCUUUCAUCAUCUUCCUAACCCAAAUCACCAUCAGCAUCAGGAUCAUUCUUCUGCUCCAGCAAUUAGCCAUCAUGUACCAAAGUACGUGGUUGACGAGAUGAAAGCUGCGGAAGCACAGCCUCCGAAGUUAGUCCGCAUGUACUCUGCGUCAUCAUCACAACCUGUUGACUAUGCCCUUAAAGAGACAAGUCCCUUUCUUGGUGGGGGAAGAGUUGUUGGGGGGCGGGUUAUUCACGGAGACAAGACCGCAAGCACUUAUGAUCUUGUUGAACGGAUGUACUUUCUGUACGUGAGAGUUGUUAAAGCUCGUGAUCUUCCUGCCAUGGAUGUUACAGGAAGUCUUGAUCCAUUUGUUGAGGUGAGAAUUGGAAACUACAGAGGAAUUACAAAGCACUUUGAGAAGAAGCAAAAUCCAGAGUGGAAUCAGGUGUUUGCUUUUUCAAGGGAACGGAUGCAAGCUUCUGUUUUAGAAGUCGUGAUCAAGGACAAGGAUCUUCUUAAAGAUGACUUUGUGGGCGUCAUAAGGUUUGACGUCAAUGAGGUUCCAUUGCGAGUCCCACCAGAUAGUCCUCUAGCUCCAGAGUGGUAUCGGCUUGAGGACAAGAAGGGAGAGAAGAUAAAGGGCGAGCUGAUGCUUGCAGUAUGGAUUGGAACCCAAGCAGACGAGGCCUUUCCUGAUGCCUGGCAUUCUGAUGCAGCUACCCCUGUAGAUAGUACACCAGCUUGCUCCACUGUGAUACGUUCAAAGGUCUAUCAUGCACCGAGGUUGUGGUAUGUACGUGUUAACGUUGUUGAGGCACAAGACUUAGUUCCAUCAGAGAAGAACCGUUUCCCUGAAGUGUAUGUUAAGGUACAGAUUGGAAACCAAGUUUUGAAAACGAAGACAUAUCAGGCUCGGACUUUUAGUGCCUUGUGGAAUGAGGAUCUUUUAUUUGUUGCUGCUGAACCCUUUGAGGACCACCUGGUUCUUUCGGUUGAGGAUCGUGUCGGUCCUGGCAAAGAUGAGAUAAUUGGGAGGGCCAUCAUCCCGUUAAGCUCUGUGGAGAAGCGUGCUGACGAUAGGAUAAUUCAUUCUUGUUGGUUUAACCUGGAAAAGCCAGUUGCUGUGGAUGUAGAUCAGCUGAAGAAAGAUAAGUUCUCUAGCCGUAUCCAUCUUAGAGUCUGCUUAGAUGGAGGAUACCAUGUUCUUGACGAGUCAACUCAUUACAGCAGUGAUCUUCGUCCUACAGCAAAACAGCUUUGGAGGCCUUCUAUUGGGAUGCUGGAACUUGGCAUCUUAAAUGCUGUAGGACUCCAUCCUAUGAAAACACGAGAUGGAAGGGGUACAUCGGAUACAUACUGUGUUGCAAAGUAUGGUCACAAAUGGGUCCGGACACGCACCCUUAUCGACAACCUGUCUCCCAAAUACAAUGAGCAGUACACAUGGGAAGUUUUUGAUCCAGCUACAGUUCUUACAGUUGGUGUAUUUGACAACAACCAGCUUGGGGAAAAAGGUUCAAGUGGAAAGGAUCUAAAGAUUGGAAAGGUUCGGAUUCGCAUCUCCACACUCGAAACUGGGCGUGUUUAUACGCACUCUUAUCCCUUGCUGGUUCUUCAUCCUACUGGAGUUAAGAAGAUGGGGGAGUUGCAUUUGGCAAUCAGAUUUACAUGCGUAUCUUUUGCGAACAUGCUUUAUCAGUACUCACGACCACUUCUACCCAAAAUGCACUAUAUCAGGCCUUUCUCUGUGAUGCAACUAGAUAUGCUUCGCCACCAAGCUGUCAAUAUAGUGGCAUUACGAUUAGGUCGGGCAGAACCUCCUCUUAGGAAGGAAGUGGUGGAGUACAUGUCAGAUGUGGAUGCACACCUCUGGAGCAUGCGCCGAAGCAAGGCAAAUUUCUUUCGAUUAAUGACAAUUUUCUCAGGGUUAUUUGCAGCUGGAAAGUGGUUUGGGGAUAUUUGCAUGUGGAAGAAUCCUAUCACUACCGUGCUUGUUCAUGUGCUCUAUCUCAUGCUUGCUUGCUUCCCAGAACUUAUUCUGCCCACAGUUUUUCUUUACAUGUUUCUGAUAGGCAUUUGGAAUUACCGAUAUCGACCAAGGUAUCCUCCCCAUAUGAACACAAAGAUUUCACAAGCUGAGGUAGUGAAUCCUGAUGAGCUUGAUGAGGAGUUUGAUACAUUCCCAACAAGCAGGAGCCCUGAGCUGGUCAGAAUGAGGUAUGAUAGGUUACGAAGUGUUUCUGGAAGGAUUCAAACAGUUGUGGGGGAUAUAGCAACCCAAGGAGAGCGAUUUCAGGCACUGUUAAGCUGGCGCGAUCCACGCGCCACUGCCAUCUUUGUUAUAUUCUGCCUCGUAGCUGCUCUGGUUUUAUUUGUGACACCAUUUCAGGUCAUAGCAGCUUUGGCUGGCUUCUACAUGAUGAGGCAUCCAAGAUUUCGCUACAGGACACCGUCUGUGCCCAUAAACUUCUUUCGCCGGCUUCCUUCUCGGACAGAUAGUAUGCUGUGAAUUGGGAACUGGAUGCUCGCACUUUCAAGUUAGAAUUUGUAAGUGCUUCACUCUAGUUCUUUGUAUUGUUUCCUUUGCACUUCUCGUUCACAAUGGAUUGACCAUGAAUGGUGUAGACUGCGAAUAAUUUGUAUCUGGCAUGUGUGCCGUGUGGCCAUACAGAAGUAGCAUAAGGAGUUGUUAAAUAGAAUUUGAUUAGAGCAUAAACUCUGUCGAUGUUUCUAUAGGUUGCUUCUUUUCAAUUUCUAAUCCCCUCCCCCCUCCCCCUUCGCCCUGAACAACUCUGGGUUCUC